AUGGAUCCAAACUCUGUGCUGCUUUCUCCUCAGUCCCGCACCUGCUCCCACCCGGCAGAACCCUGCCUACAAGGUGGGGAAAGCCCAGCCUCUCAGGACCCGGCCAGAGACUCCUCAUUCUCCUGGAGCCAUGACCCCAGCUCCAGCCUCACUGACGCUGACUGGUUUUGGGAUGAACACAUCCAAGCAAAGAGGGCUAGAGUGGAGACCAUCAUCCAAGGCAUGUGCCUCUUACCAAGUCGUCAGGUGCCAGCAAGUGCCCAGUGCAGGGACAGCCUGAGUUUCCUGGAAAAGGCCCGGGAGAGGAAGAGGAAACAGAGCCUUCCCAUGCAGCAGGGUCCCCAGAAACCAGGUUCUGCCAGGGACCAGUGCAACAGGAAGGGGCUGGGGGACCUUGGGGUGAGAGAACAGCUUUACCUACUGAAGCGGCAGCUGGAAAACCUCGAAGAACACAUCCUUCAUGCUGCCGAGGAGCGUAGAGACAGGCCUGCCGAGCCAGGGGACCCAGCUCCGGGCCCAGGGACCUCUGAGAAGGGCAAAGGUCCUCUGAGAGUAAAACAGAAAAGUGUCCAAGGGUCUAGUCCAUGGAUGAGGGGCAGUGACCACCAGCAGGGCUUCAGUAGGGAGCUUUCUAUGGCACAAAACCUCAGAGUGUCUGAGGUCAAGCAGCAAUCUGAGGAGGCAGAGGUCCUUCCUGCGGGAGCAGAGGCUUUGCUGGGGCUUCUGAAGGAAGAACUGAGGAGUGCGGUGUCUCAGGCUGUGGACUCUGUGUUACAAAAGGUGCUGCUGGAUCCACCAGGCCAGCCUGUUCUGCCUGGUAGAAGCUUCCAAGGACUCACACCAGAGGGUAAAAGGGAGCCCUCCCUUCCUGGGGGAGGUAUGUGUAGAGAUGGAUAUCCUCUGGCUGCCUUGCCCAGGAGAGUCCAGCCACAGGCAGGACUCUCUUGGGGGAACAUCUCACUGGCCAAGCCCCAAGGUGUUCCUAGGUUCGCUGACUCUCCAAGAACAAUCCCCAGACCCUACCAGGACCCCCCAGCAAACUGUCCCCUCACCACGCCUGCCCGCAACCAGGAGAAUCUGAUUCUUAGCCAGCUACUGGGCCAUGGAACCAAUGGCUGUUGGAGUAGCAAUCCUCCCCAGGACUUGUCUUCUCAAAGUCACCCCUCCUCAGAGUCCACGCUUCGGUCAUGGGGAGCGGUCAGACCUCGGCCAUCAGCUCUGAGCCCACAACAGUACCCUCUGUCUUUCCCCUCUGCACAUCUGGAACAGCUGUCCCUCCUUCCCACAGUAAAAGUGGAGCACAGAGGCCUGCAGGCUGUCCCCGAUGCGCUUUCCUUCUCUUCAGUCCACAUCCAAGACGGCCUGAAUCCUGGUCAUUUGAAGAAGGCCAAACUCAUGUUUUUCUUCACACGCUACCCCAGCUCCAACCUCCUGAAAGUCUAUUUCCCUGAUGUUCAGUUCAACCGCUGUAUCACCUCCCAGAUGAUCAAGUGGUUCAGCAACUUCCGUGAAUUUUAUUACAUCCAAAUGGAGAAGUUUGCCCGGCAGGCCAUUUCAGAAGGUGUCGCAGAACCCAAUACUCUGGUGGUUCUCCGUGAUUCGGAACUUUUCAGAGCACUCAACAUGCACUAUAACAAAGGAAACGACUUCCAGGUCCCAGACUGCUUCUUGGAAAUCGCCAGCUUGACACUACAGGAGUUCUUCAGAGCUGUCUCCGCAGGGAAAGACUCAGAUCCUUCCUGGAAGAAACCCAUUUAUAAAAUUAUUUCGAAACUGGACAGUGACAUCCCAGAGAUAUUCAAAUCCCCCAGCUACCCCUAG